AUGACGGUAAUUAAGAGUGAGUUGGAAUCGAACCGAGUUCAAGAAAUCGACGAUUUGCUCAAGUUGAUCCACCCAAAGAUCAUCGAGUACGUUGAAAAAUCGGAUCCAAAAUCUGCAAACUAUGAGCUUACUUCUCUCGGACAGUAUCAUAGACCACAAACUUUGAAGGAAAUAAUCACCGAAAAGGAUGAAGAGGAGCUGGUUGAAGGGAUUCGUGGGGAUAAUGACAAGUUAUUUGCCAAAAUCGAUCAAGUAUUCAAGUAUUCGGUUAACACAUGGAAUCCAGGAUUUUUAGAUAAAUUGUAUGCAUCAAAUAAUCCAAUUGGGGUUAUAAGUGAUAUAAUUUUAUCUUUAUUGAAUACCAAUUCCCAUGUUUACACUGUAUCACCGGUUUUAUCGGUAAUUGAGAAUUAUAUUGGGCGUAAAUACGCCAGCUUAUUUUUCACUAAUGAUACUGAAACUUGUGGUGGGUUAACGUUUCCCGGUGGAUCAUGGUCAAACACUACAUCUUUACAUACCGCUAGGUCUUUAUUAUAUCCUGAAACAAAGGAAACUGGUAAUGGAAGUUUUAAAUUUGCAGUUUUUGCUUCUGAACAUUGUCACUAUUCAGUAGUAAAAGCUGCUAUUUUAAUGGGACUUGGAUCAUCUAAUGUGUUCAAAGUGAAGAUUUUAGCAGAUGGUAGUAUGGAUACUAAAGAUUUAAGCUUUAAAAUUGAAGAAUCGAAAAAACAAGGUUUUACUCCACUUUAUAUAAAUUCCACUGCUGGUACUACGGUAUUCGGAUCAUAUGAUCCAUUUGAUGAGAUUGCUGAUAUUGCUGAAAAAAAUAAUAUUUGGUUCCAUAUUGAUGGAUCUUGGGGUGGUAAUGUUAUUUUUUCAUCUAAGCACAAGUACAAGAUGAAUGGAUGUGAACGAGCAAAUUCAAUCUCAUGUAACCCCCAUAAAAUGUUGGGUGUCCCGAAUACUUGUUCCUUUUUACUAUUACCCCAUGUCCUGAAUUUCCAAAAGGCAAUGUCAUUAAGUGCCCCAUAUCUUUUCCAUGGACGUGAUGACGAAGGAGAAGAGAAUUUCGAUUUGGCUGAUGGUACUAUGGGAUGCGGUCGUCGUGCUGACUCUUUCAAAUUUUAUAUGGCCUGGUUAUAUUACGGAUUCAAAGGUUUAGAAGAGCGGGUUGAUCAUGCCUUUGAUAUUGCUCGUGAUUUCAUUUUUAAAAUCAGUCAGGAUGAUAGAUUCGAAUUGGUUUUGGGUUCUAAAGAUGAUUUGCCCAAAUGUUUACAAGUUUGUUUUUACUAUAGACCAAAGAAUUAUAAAUUAGAUAAAAAUACUGAGAUUACUAGAUUUAUAUCUCGUGAAUUACAUAAAAGAAGUAAAUAUUUAGUUGAUUUUUCUCCAAAUACUUCUGGAGGUGAUUCUGAUAAAGGGGAAUUUUUCAGAGUUGUAUUUAAUUCUCCAAUUCUUACUGAUACCGUGGUUGAUGAUUUAAUCUCUAGUAUCAUUCAAGUUGGUGAAGAAUUCGAUAGCUAA